AUAGAAUUCGUUGCUGUUUGAGUGUUUAGACAUCAUGUCGUCAACCAGCCAUUCACCACACGUCCCAAUUGCCAUUGUCGGCUUAGCAUGUCGCUUCCCCGGCGAUGCUUCCUCACCAUCGAAGUUCUGGGAUCUCUUGAAGAAUGGAAAGGAUGCCUACUCUUCAACAACGGAUCGGUACAAUACGGAUGCAUUUUACCAUCCCAAUGCUAAAGAUCGACAAAAUGUCUUGCCUACCAAGGGUGGACACUUCCUCAAGCAAGAUCCGUAUGCGUUUGACCCAUCAUUUUUCAACAUUACGGCCGCGGAAGCCAUUGCGCUCGACCCAAAACAGCGCAUAGCUCUAGAAGUCGUCUAUGAAGCCUUGGAAAAUGCUGGCAAGCCUCUCCAAAAGAUUGCAGGCACUCAAACAGCGUGCUACAUCGGCUCCUCGAUGAGCGAUUAUCGAGAUGGUAUUGUGCGGGAUUUUGGGCAUUACCCCAAAUAUCACAUUUUGGGAAUCAGCGAGGAGAUGAUCUCCAAUCGCGUCUCUCAUUUCCUGGAUAUCCAUGGUCCUAGCGCCACCGUCCACACGGCCUGCUCGUCGAGCCUCGUAGCAACUCACCUUGGUUGUCAAAGCAUAAAGUCGGGAGAAUCGGAAAUGGCCAUCGUCGGGGGCGUUGGUAUGAUCCUCAGCCCAGAUGCGAACAUGCAUCUCCACAACUUGGGCUUUUUAAACCCUGAGGGUCACUCAAGAGCAUUCGAUGAGAAUGCAGGUGGCUAUGCCCGCGGUGAAGGCUGUGGAAUUCUGGUCUUGAAGCGACUGGACAGAGCCCUUGAAGACGGAGAUUCUAUUCGAGCUGUUAUUCGAGGCUCAGGUGUGAACUCCGAUGGUUGGACGCAGGGUGUGACAAUGCCUUCAAGCGAAGCACAAGCCGCUUUGAUCAAGUAUGUGUACGAGUCGAAUGGUUUAGAUUAUGGGUCUACUCAAUAUGUCGAAGCCCAUGGUACCGGCACUAAGGCGGGUGAUCCAAAAGAGAUCGGAGCAAUUCACCGCACCAUUGGCCAGGGCACCACCAAGUCUCGCAAGCUGUGGAUUGGCAGUGUUAAGCCAAACAUUGGCCAUCUUGAGGCUGCUGCCGGUGUUGCCGGCAUUAUCAAGGGUGUGCUUGCCCUGGAAAAUGGACUAAUUCCUCCAAACAUCUACUUUUCGAAGGCAAAUCCUGCCAUUCCUCUACAAGAAUGGAACAUGGCGGUACCUACAAAGCUAACGCCCUGGCCUGCUACCCAGACAGUGCGACGCAUGAGCGUCAGUGGGUUCGGCAUGGGCGGUACGAACGGACACGUCAUCCUGGAGUCAUUCAAACCCAGUCAAAGACAUCUUACCAACGGCAAUAGUACUGCAAACGACAAACUCGUCAAUGGCGAUGGUACUGCUCUACAUAGCGCCCAUCAUCCAGGGAAGAGAUUGUUUGUCCUUAGCAGUCAGGAUCAGGCUGGUUUCAAGCGCGUGGGCAAGGCACUUGCGGAGCACCUAGAGAGUCAUGGCCCUGCUGCAUCGACCCCGGACUAUCUCGCCAACCUUGCAUACACGCUUGCAAUUGCAAGAUCCGGCUUAUCUUGGAGGGCCAGUUUCCUAGCUGAAAAUGCGGCGGAGGUGCGGGAGAAGUUAACAACGGAUCCGGGAGAGAACGCCUCUCGCAUGUCAACCAGCCAACCACGCAUUGGCUUUGUCUUCACUGGGCAAGGCGCUCAAUGGGCGCGGAUGGGCCUCGAGCUACUAGAGCACCCCGUGUUCAAGGGUUCUGUGGCAAAGUCUGCCGAGAUUUUGAAAACCCUCGGAUGCGACUGGGACCCAAUCGCGGAGCUGGCCAAGGACAAAGACGAGUCGCGACUUGGAAUUCCCGCGAUUUCACAGCCAAUUUGCUCAGUCUUGCAGAUUGCCCUGGUCGAUGAACUGAGUUCGUGGGGUAUAACUCCAUUGAAGGUUGUUGGUCAUUCAAGUGGAGAAAUCGCUGCAGCUUAUGCCACCGGAGCUUUAUCCCACCACGACGCUAUAGCAGUGGCCUAUUUCAGGGGCAAAACAUCUGCCGGGCUCAAGCACCUCAAAGGCGGCAUGAUGGCUGUUGGGUCUUCCCCAGAAGAUGCCCAAAACCUAAUCGUCGAGGCUAAGCUCUCCGGUGGCGCCGUGACUGUCGCUUGUGUCAAUUCACCUUCGAGUGUCACCCUUUCCGGCGAUGUUGCUGCACUUGAAGAGCUAAAGAUUUUCUUAGAAAAGCGAGGUGUGUUUGCUCGACGACUCAAGGUUGAUGUCGCCUAUCAUUCGACCCAUAUGAGCUCUGCCGUGGGCGAAUAUUCAUCCUCAAUCGCAGACAUCGAGCCUGCGCAAUCAGUCGAGGGUCAACCCGUAAUGGUAUCGAGCGUCACGAGCAGCGAAGUGGAUUCCGAGCUUUUAGGUCCCUACUACUGGAUUCGAAACUUAGUUUCCCCCGUUCUGUUCGCGGACGCCGUUAAAGAACUGGUCGUGCCAUCCGACGGUGAUGGAGGGAAUACGGUCGACCUUCUGGUUGAGAUUGGCCCUCACAGCGCACUGGGUGGGCCGAUCGAGCAGAUUCUUUCUCAUCAUGGUAUCAAAAAUGUUGGCUACAGUUCAGUGCUUACUCGCGGUGAGAACGCACUCGAUUGUAGUCUCAAAUUUGCUGGAGAUUUGUUCCUUCAGGGUGUACAGUUCAACGUGCAAGAAGCGAACGGCGAUUUGCACUGCAGCCUUCUGACGAAUCUCCCUCCGUAUCAAUGGAACCACUCGAAAACUUUCCGUGCCGACUCUCGCAUUCAUAGGGAGCUCAUAGCACAGAAGUUUCCCACAAGAAGUCUCAUCGGUGCGCAACUCCCUACGCUGGCCGAAAACCAAUAUGAAUGGCGAAGCUUUAUAAGACUCUCAGACGAACCUUGGCUCCGCGGCCACACUGCUGGCAGCACAGUUUUGUUUCCAGGAGCCGGGAUUGUGAGCAUGGUCUUAGAAGCCGCCCAACAGUUGGCAGAUUCAGGAAAGACAGUCCGUGCCUUCAGAUUACGCGAUGUUAAUCUCUUUGCUGCCAUGGCUCUUCCAGAAGACCAGGCUACUGAGGUUAUCAUUCACUUGCGACCACAUCUCAUCGCCACCACUGGGUCAACGCCGGCGAGCUGGUGGGAGUUCACUGUCUCAUCUUGUGUUGGCACAGACCAACUGCGGGACAAUGCACGAGGGUUGGUAACGAUCGACUACGACGAUAACCGUAGCCUGCAAAUGAUUGCUGAGGACGCCAUGAUCGUUGCCGCGCAGAUUGAAGACUACCAUCGCAUUCACCAUGAGUGUCCGGAGGUUUAUUCCAAAGAGCGAUAUUAUCAACAGUUUGUCAAGGUCUCCUGGAACUAUGGAGAGUUGUUCCAAGGCGUGGAGAGUUGCCGUCCAGGCUAUGGCAAGACUGUCUUCGAUAUCCGACUUGUCGAUAUUGGAGAGACAUUCAGUAAGGACCAGCUGGAUCGACCGUUCCUCAUCAAUGCUGCUUCUCUCGAUGCAAUUUUUCAGGGUUCGCUCGGGGCUACAUACAACAACGGCACCUUUGAGUUCGACAAGCCUUUUAUGCCGACAUCAAUCGGCGAGUUAGAGAUAUCUGCUAGUAUUCCGGCUGAUGCAGACUACAUCAUGCCAGGUCUUUGUCGAGCAGAAAGGUACGGCUUCAACGAGUUAUCCGCAGAUAUAGCCGUCUUCGACAAGAACCUUUCCACCGUCUUCAUGACAGUUAAAGAUUUCCGAACCUCAGAAUUAGACAUGGAUUCUGGGAAGCCCGACGGUGACAGCAUCGAAGUGGAUCGGGCUGAUAUAACAUCCGAAGUCACAUGGAACCAUGCCCUUGGUCUACUUAGACCUGAUGAAAUCGACCAGGCAUUGAGCGCAUUUGCAGCUCAGGAUAGAUUUACUGAGCUUGUUCGCAUGAUACUUCACAACAACCCGGCGGCAACCGUCGUCGAGUUGAUCUCAGAGACAGGUGAUCGUACAAAUGCAACCAUGUCAAGCCUAUCUGGAAGCGUUGUUCCUCAGAGCCGGGUCCGUUAUGCUGUUGCAAAAGCUGACGAUGGGGGCAAUACUCGGAUUUUGUCCUUUGGCGAUGACGAUACUCUGGUGCCAACUGACAAAGCUUCCAUGGACUUGUUAAUCAUUUCGCAUGAUGUUUCAGACACAGACGAUCUCGAGAGACUUGUUAACCUUGCAAGUCAGCAACUGGUCAAACCUGAAGCCACUAUUGUCGUGGCUGCAUCUAAUGAAGCUGCAGCUUCAAAGUUGGCGAGCAUGGGUUUCGAAAUCAUCCCAAGCAUUGACGGCAGUAAAACACUCGCAUAUAGCACUCACAGAGGUUUGCAAUCUGGGAUUGUCACGAAUGGCUCGCCAAAACACGAGAUAUCCAUUUUCGAGCCGUCCACAGCUGGAGUCGACACUCAGAAACUCUCCUCUACGCUCCAGGAUAUCCUACAGAGCCAAGGCUACUCUGUCCUUAUAAACUCUUGGGACGAUGACUUUAAUGCUCUCAGCAUUAAGGAUAAGACGUGCAUAUCUUUGCUGGAGCUUGAGAAGCCACUGUUGGAUAACCUCUCGGAGCGCGAUUUCAAGAGCAUUCGAACAGUGGUGUUGAGCUGUGAGAGGCUCCUGUGGAUCACAUCUGGCGACAAUCCAGCUCUCGGAAUGGUAGACGGCUUCUUGCGAUGUAUGAAGAGCGAGAUGGCAGGUACAAAGUUCCAAGUCUUGCACCUUAGUUCAACAGGGUUGCAGCACGGUCCCUCACUUGCGACCCGGAUCCUCGAGUCGGACAGCACCGACAGUGAGUAUCGAGAAGUAGACGGUCGCCUUCAAGUUGCUCGCAUUUUCAAAAGUUUCCAGCAAAACGAAAGUGUCCGCCACCAUCUGGAAGACUCUACUCGCAUUGAGACUGUAGGUGACAAUGGUGAAGCGCUGCGGCUCACUAUUGGCAAGCCAGGUCUUUUGGACACUUUGAGAUUUGUCCCGGAUGAAAGGCUGCUACCUCCACUCGAAGAACACGAAGUCGAUAUCCAAGUCAAGGCUACGGGCCUAAACUUUAAGGAUAUUAUGGCUUCUAUGGGUCUAAUUCCCCAGCAGGGACUUGGCCUAGAAGCCAGUGGUACCGUAAUACGAGUUGGCACCAAGGCUACCAGUUUCAAGCCUGGUGAUCGUGUUUGUACCAUGCAGCCUCUGCAACUCGGAUGCCACGCAACCAAGAUCCGAGUGGACUAUCGAGGCCUAGCUAAGAUCCCAGACUCUAUGUCUUUCGAAGAGGCCGCAUCGGUUCCUACUGUGCACUCGACUGCGUAUUACGCGUUCGUCCGUGCGGCGAAGCUUCGCAAAGGCCAGUCGGUGUUGAUUCAUGCUGCAGCGGGAGGCGUGGGGCAAGCGGCAAUACAGUUGGCCAAAUAUCUCGAGCUCAUCAUCUAUGUCACCGUGGGCACAGAUGACAAGCGUAGGCUUAUAACCGAACAGUACGGUAUCCCUGAUGAACACAUCUUUAACUCGCGCGAUGCUAGUUUCGUCAAGGGUAUCAAUCGGGUAACGGGUGGCCGAGGCGUCGACUGCAUUCUCAACUCAUUGUCUGGCGAGUUGUUAAGAGCUUCCUGGGGAUGCCUCGCAUCUUUCGGAACAUUUGUUGAGAUUGGUCUUCGUGACAUUGCCAACAACAUGCGUCUCGAUAUGCGACCAUUCCGGAAAAGCACUUCGUUCGCCUUCGUCAAUAAUCUCACUCUUUAUGACGAAGAUCCGGAAGAAUUCUACAAACUAUUCCAUCAGUGUUUCGCACUGAUUGAGAAGGGCAUUCUCCGACCUCCGACUUCCGUCGUCUCGUACCCAAUUGGUCAGGUUGGGGAAGCAUUCCGAACCAUGCAACAAGGCAAGCAUCGCGGAAAGUUGGUACUCUCCUUCCCAGACGAUGCCAACGCUCCUGUCCUACGCAAAGCCAAAGACUCUUUAAAGCUUGACCCUGAAUCCACAUAUCUUUUUGUUGGCGGCUUGGGUGGCUUGGGUCGUAGUCUCGCGAAAGAGUUUCUGGCAUCUGGAGCUCGAAACAUCGCGUUUCUCUCACGAUCUGGCAAUACCACGCCACAGGCGAAAGCUGUCGUGGAUGAGCUCGCGGCUGGCGGGGCACAGGUCAGAGCCUAUCGUGGCGAUAUAUCCAAUUCCGCCUCCUUCCUCGCUGCUAUGGACCAGUGCGCACAGGACCUGCCACCGAUCAAGGGCGUUAUCCAGAUGGCCAUGGUACUCCGAGACAUUGUUUUCGAGAAGAUGUCGUAUAAAGAGUGGAAACUUCCCGUCGGUCCGAAGGUCCAGGGAACAUGGAACCUUCAUAAAUACUUCGGCCACGAGCGACCGCUGGAUUUCAUGGUCAUCUGUUCGUCAACUUCUGGAAUCUUUGGGUACCCUAGUCAGGCCCAAUAUUCCGCUGGAAACACAUACCAGGAUGCCCUUGCUCACUAUCGCCGCUCUCAGGGCCUCAAGGCCAUCUCCGUAAACCUUGGUAUCAUGCGCGACGUUGGUGUACUUGCGGAGACAGGCACCAGUGGUAACAUCAAACUCUGGGAAGAGGUGUUGGGCAUCCGCGAACCUGCAUUCCACGCCCUCAUGAAGAGUUUAAUCAACCAGCAGUACCGGGGUUCUCAAGAACAUUGCCCUGUACAGGUUUGCACCGGAUUGGGUACCGCGGACAUCAUGGCUACUCACGGUCUUGCUCAGCCCGACUACUUCAGCGACCCACGCUUUGGACCUCUGGCUGUCACUACCGUGGCUGUCUCUGCCUCGACAGAGAGCCAAGGCUCUGCUGUAUCGCUUGCUGCCAGAAUUUCCAAGGCCUCCAGCAAGGAAGAGGCAACAGAAAUCAUUACGGGGGCUUUAGUUCACAAGACAGCGGACAUCCUCCAGAUGCCUUCAUCAGAGGUUGACCCUAGUCGGCCGUUGUAUCGGUACGGCGUUGAUUCGCUCGUGGCACUGGAGGUAAGAAACUGGAUCACAAGAGAGCUGAAGGCGAACAUGGCUUUGUUGGAAAUUCUUGCAGCUGUGCCCAUUGAGAGCUUUGCCGAAAAGAUCACGGAGAAGAGCAAGCUGGUGACUGCAGCAGGGUCGUGAGCUUAGUGACAGUUGCGACAAUUAUUCACAGUAGAAGUUUAUUGAACGUAUUGUAGCCGUACGGGAAAGCGUUUGAGUUUUGUGAAUUUGGGUAGGUAGCUUGUAGCUUAACAUCAUUAUUAUAUAAAGCUAAUUUCAGGUACCAAUCAUGGUUUC